ACAAGAGAGUCGCACGACUCGCGAUGCACACACUAGUACAACUCCCCGUCUUCCUCUUUUGCGCUCGCCGCCGCCGCCGCCGGAGCCCGUAGGGAAUACGGAGGGGCGCUGCGGCGCCGGCGGUGUUCCACCCUACCGCCUAGAGGUAUCCAGAUCCACGGUCCUCGCUGACUCUGAAUCGGCACCGUCGCAGAAGGCACCCGCAAGAGCUCCAUCUCCGAAUCGGCCACCGUCGCCGUCGCCGGCCGCUCAAGUUGCGCGGUCACAUCGCCGCCACGCACGCAGCUCGACGAAUUUCGCCCUCCCCACCCCGAGUCCUCACCCGCUGGUAAUUAUAUAAGCUCGUCUCAUUUGUCUGCAGCAGGGCCGUCUUUAAUUUAACCGGCGACGGUAGUUGAGCCGUCACAGCAUGCUUCGUCAAGUCAAUUUUGUUUUCUCGCUGAAAUCCGCCGGCCGGCCGGCUCGCUCUAAUUUAUCCAUCCUCAUCUCCAAGGGUGAGCCCUCAUUUGUACUUUCCAUUUGUCCAUUUGAAGUUUCUUUGGACAAAUAGGGAUGAGCGAAAUAUCAAGUUGUCUAAUGUUAACCCCCGUUUAUUUCUUUAUAAGUAUUUGACAUGUGGGACAAAAAGAUAAGUGGACAAGGUUUGGAUGAGUUUCGCACAAAUGGAGACUCCCCGUACUCUCCCCAAAUAUGGAAAAGAAAUGGGAGAUGUGGACCACUUUUGGACAAAUGGAGGUUCUCGUUGGGUUGGGUAUUUUGCUCAUGGACCUCCAUAUGGACAGAUUUGGACAAAUGGGAGGAUUUGAGGAGAUGCCCUUAUACAUGGAUUUCUGAUUAGUACCUAAGAAGGAGCCUUGGGUUUAGUAUAUUUUGUUGGGUACCUCCCUGCUUCGUCAAGUCUUUUUGUUUUCACUCGAGAGUAGCAAAGAAGGAUGCAUUUUUGUUCACAUGCAUCCACAUAUUUUCAGGACUAGUCUAACAGUUAAUUACUCUAUUAAUCAUCUUCCACGCUUGUCUUCUUCACUAAUAUAGAGAAUGCCAACUUGAGGCGGUCUUUUUUAUCCAUCAGCACUACCUUCUAUAAUCCACACCAAGCAUUAGCAGUACCACCACCAUUUCUAUCUAGCACACCACCAAUCCACACAAACCAACCGGCAAUCUGAUUCAUGGAGGCGACAGCGCUGAGCGUUGGCAAGUCCGUGCUGGAUGGAGCAAUUGGCUAUGCCAAGUCUGCCUUCGCGGAGGAGGUGGCUUUGCAGCUCGGAGUCCGGCGUGAUCAGGUCUUCAUCACCAAUGAGCUCGAGAUGAUGAAGGCUUUCCUCGAGUCGGCCCACGGCGAGGGGGCCGACGACAAGGUGGUGAAGGUGUGGGUGAAGCAAGUCCGCGACAUGGCCUACGACGUCGAGGAUUGCCUCCAGGAGUUCGCUGUCCGGCUCAACAAGCAGUCCUGGUGGCGUAUCCGUCGCAAGAUGCUCGAUCGACGCCGUGUGGCCAAGCAGAUGAAGGAGCUCAGAGCUAAUGUCGAGGAUGUUAGCCAGAGGAACACACGCUACAGUCUCAUCAAGGGCUCUGGCUCCAAGGCUGCCACGUACACGGCUGCUGAGCAGUCUAGCAUUACUUCUGCAGCAUUGUUCGGCAUUGAUGAAGCGAGGCGCGCGGCAAAGCAGGAGAAAUCUCAGGUGGAUCUCGUCCAGAUGAUCAACGAAGAGGAGAAUAACCUUAGGGUUAUUGCAGUAUGGGGAACAAGUGGUGGCCUUGGGCAGACAUCCAUCGUCAGGAAGGCCUAUGAGAAUCCAGAUAUUGAAAGCAAGUUCUCCUGCCGAGCUUGGGUCAGGCUGAUGCAUCCUUUUGAUCCAAAAGACUUCGUCCAGAGUAUGGUGGAACAGUUUAAUGCAGCCGGAGGGGUUAAUGUUCUGUUACGAAAAAAGAAGACGGUGCAAGAGCUGACUAAUAAGUUUGAGCAGUAUGUGAACGAGAAGAGGUACCUGAUUGUGAUUAAUGACCUAUCCACCAUCGAGGAGUGGGAUCGGGUCAAAAAGUGCUUCCCAAACAACAAUAUGGGGAGCAGAAUCAUAGUGUCCACAACGCAAGUUGAAGUUGCAAGCUUAUGUGCAGGACAAGGAAGCGUAGCUUCAGAGCUCAAGCAGUUCUCUGCUGGUCAAAAUAUUUAUGCUUUUCACGACAAGGGUUCUCAAGAUGCAACAGACUUAAUUAAUGAAGGGUCAAGCUCAAACACAGCUAGUACUAGUACUGCUAACAAGUCGACAGUGCCCACCUGUGAGAUAUCAGAGGAAAAUACAGUCAAAAAGAGCCUCACUCGCAUCAGGACAAUGGUGGCUGCUUUGGAGGAAUCUCAUCUUGUUGGCCGAGAGAAAGAAAAAUCUGAGAUUAUCAAAUUAGUUACAGGUCAAGCUACUGGACAGUUUGAGGUGAUCACAGUGUGGGGAAUGGGUGGUCUUGGAAAAACCACUCUAGUUAAAGAUAUCUACCAAAGCCAAGAGCUCAGUGACAUUUUUGAUAACCGUGCUUGCGUCACAGUCAUGCGUCCUUUCAAUCUUGAAGAGCUUCUUAGGAGCUUAUUUAUGCAACUAGAUAGAGAAUCUUCCGAAAAAAAGGACGUGGUGGGCUUGAUGAGCAGCACAAAGAACACAUUACUGUUGAUGUCACUUGCAGAGUUGAUCAAGGAGUUGGCAAAGCUUUUUCAAACAAAGAGAUGUCUGAUUGUUCUUGAUGACGUAUUAUCAACUGCAGAAUGGGACAGGAUAGAACCAAUUUUCCAUGAAAUGAGAAAAACAAUACGGAUCAUAGUAACGACAAGGGAAGAGAGUAUUGCUAAACAUUGUUGUUCACAGAAACAAGAAAAUAUUUACAAGCUCAAAGAUCUAGAAUACAAGGAUGCCCAUGACCUCUUCACUAAAAAGGUAUUUAAGGGGACUGUAGAUCUGGAUAAGCAAUAUCCUGAGCUGGUUCAACCAGCAAAACUUAUCCUGAAGAAGUGCGAUCAACUCCCCCUGGCAAUAGUCACGAUAGCUUGCUUCCUGGCAACCCAACCAAAAGCCCCAUUGGAAUGGAGGAAAUUGAGUGAGCAUUUAAGUGCCGAGCUGGAGAUGAAUCCACAGCUUGGGACUAUUAGAACCGUCCUUAUGAGAAGCUAUGAUGGUUUACCCUAUCACCUCAAGUCUUGUUUCCUAUAUAUGCCCAUCUUUCCUGAAGACCACAGAGUUGGACGGGGAAGGUUGGCGCGCCGAUGGAGUGCAGAGGGUUACUGUAGGGAGGUGCGUGGCAAGUCUGCAGAGGAAAUGGCAGAUAGCUACUUCAUGGAACUUAUAGCCAGGAGCAUGAUUCUACCACCUCAAGAAUCAAUUCGUUGUACAAAAGGGAUUGAUUCCUGCCAAGUUCAUGAUCUCAUGCGUGAAAUCGGCAUCUCAAAGUCGAUGGAAGAAAAUCUUGUUUUCACACUGGAGCAAGGUUGCAGCACAAACAGCCAAGUCACGAUGCGCCACCUUGCUAUAAGCAGCAAUUGGGAGGGAGAUCAGAAUGAGUUCGAGAGCAUGGUGGACGUGUCCCGUGUGAGAUCAUUAACGGUUUUUGGAAAGUGGAAGUCAUUUUUCAUUUCUGACAGGAUGAGGCUGCUGCGAGUGCUUGAUUUGGAAGACGCCACAGGUCUACUUGAUCAUCACCUGAAGCACAUCGGGAAGUUUCUUCACCUAAGGUACCUUUCUCUAAGAGGGUGUGGUGGCAUUUUUCACCUGCCAGAUUUGUUGGGCAACCUGAGGCAACUCGAGACACUAGACAUCAGAGGCACCAACGUGGUGAUGCUGCCGAAAACCAUCAUCAAGCUUCUGAAGCUGAAGAGUCUCCGUGCUGGUGAAGUACUGUUGGAUGAGGAUGUCUCAUAUGAAGAAAUUAUUGAUGAUUUUCCAAAGGUAAUGAGGACCAGACUAUGCAUUUUGCCAAUAUUUUCGUUGGAAUGCUAUUUAUUCUGGUGUGCACCUCGGCGCAUGGAUGCAGACAUGACCCGCCAUGAUGUAUGCGCUUUCUUUUGCUGUGUUAUACUCCCUGUUGUUGCAAUGCACCUGGACCGAUAUGGUGUUCUGGUGCCAAGAGGGAUGAAGAAACUGAAAUCCCUGCACACACUAGGUGUAGUGAACAUUGGGCGACGGGGGAAGGCUGUUCUAAAGGACAUAAAAGGACUCAUCCAGUUACGCAAGUUGGGAGUGACUGGCGUCAACAAGGAGAACGGACAAGAGUUGUGUUCAGCUAUUCUUGGUCUCAGCCGCCUGGAGUCGUUGUCAAUCCGGUCAGAGGGGAGGCCAGGUUUAUGUGGCUGCUUGGAUGGGACGUUCUCGUUUCCGGAGAACCUGCAGAGCCUCAAGCUGUAUGGCAACCUGGUGAAAUUGCCGGAAUGGGUCCAGGGGCUCAAGAAUCUGGUGAAGCUCAAGCUGCGGAGCUCCAGUAUAUCAGAACCGGAUGCCGCCAUACAAGUCCUUGGGAUUCUACCAAAUCUGGCCUUCCUGCAUCUGUUGGGGAAGUCGUUCGUGGGUGAAGAGGUCCGUCUCAAUUUCCCUCGAGAGAUGUUCCCGAGCAUGAUUGUACUAGAGCUGGAACUCGAGGUCGUGCUCAGAGCUGUCAAGUUUGAACAAGGAGCGACCCCUAGGCUUGAGCUCCUCAAGUUUUGUAAUGUACGCAUCAACAGUGAUUCGCUUUCGGGGCUAGCAUCUCUCUCAGGCCUCAAGGAAAUUGUCACCUCGACCUACUUGGAAGACGUGAGGGCCGCGGUCGCAGAGAAUCUAAACAGACCCCUCGUGAGGAGUUGGUCAAGCGAAUAGGAUCCACGGUGAAGCUACAAGUGCUGUUGUAUGUCCAUUUGCGUUUCCUGGUGUUCACUUGUUUUGCUUUCACAGAAAGCAGUUAGUUACCUUUAUUUACUAAGCUCGUGUGGAUAUCUGGAUCGUUUAUUAAGAGACGACCGUGUACUGAAAGUUAAUUACUAAUUAAUAUUGUAUCGUAAUUAGGACACCACUGCAGCAAUUAUUAAGCAGCUAUAAUAUAAUUUAGAUGGGCCAUCGAUGGUGGAAA